AGAGACAAUAGAAAGAAGAGAAAGGAUUGAGAUAAAGAGAAGUAAAUUUGAGGGCAGAAUGUGUCAUUGAAUGGCCAUUUUGUCAACCCUCAUCUUCUGACUUUUUGAUCCUACCACGAUUUGAUCUAACCACCAAUAAUGUUUAUUACGACAUUUGAUUCCGACCUUGUUUUUAAUUCUCUUAACGAUUCUUGUUAAUAUUUUUUUGUCCAAAGGUUUCCAGGCAGGCAGGCCUAUCCAUUAUUCUGAUUUCUCCUCCUUUUUCCUAUCCAUGCAAUUGCUGCCCUUGAGAAUCUUGAUUCUUCUUAAUUCAGAUUGGGACAAGAAUUCCAGGCAGCAAUAUGGGACAAUGUUGUUCAUUUCAUGUUGAAAGUUAUUAUGCGGAGAAUCGUGAAGAGGAAAGAGAGGUUGAACAUGAAGAUAUGAUAUUUAGAGGCCAUGCUGGGGCACAUGUUAGGCUCCAAGGAUCAUCUAAAUUUAUAUCAAUGCAUACUCAGCAAGGGACAAAGGGGACCAACCAAGAUGCCAUGACUGUUUGGGAGAACUUUUCGGGUGCGAAAGACACGUUCUUCUGUGCUGUGUUCGAUGGACAUGGUCCGUCUGGCCACAAGGUGGCACGCUAUAUUCGCAAUGUUUUGCCAGCAAAAAUUUCAAUGUUAUAUAACAAGUCAAAUGUUGGUGGAAAAAAUGGUGGUUUUGAAGAGAAAAUUGGCAAUGAUCAUCCUUUUUUAUCAUCAUGGAAAGAUAAAAUAAUGAAGUCUUUCCAUGAAGUGGAUGAAGAACUUGAGGGUGAUGCAUCUAUUGAAAGCUACUGCAGUGGUACAACCACAGUGUCUAUACUUAGAAAGGGUGAACACCUUAUAAUUUCGAACUUAGGGGAUUCUCGUGCUGUUCUAUGCACUCGAGACGACAAAGAUCAACUUAUAUCUGAACAACUCACUGUUGAUCUGAAGCCAAAUCUUCCAGGAGAAAUGGAACGAAUUAAAAGCUGCCAAGGAAGAGUUUUGGCAAUGGAUAAAGAACCAAACGUGUACAGAAUAUGGAUGCCUGAUGAAGAUUGCCCCGGUCUUGCCAUGUCAAGAGCUUUUGGAGAUUUUUGCUUAAAAGAUUUCGGCCUCAUCUCAACCCCUGACGUUACUUACAGAAAACUAACACAAAGAGAUGAAUUUGUCAUCUUAGCAACCGACGGGAUAUGGGAUGUGUUAUCGAACAAUGAAGCAGUACAUAUUGUGGCUUCAACGAAGAAACGAUCCCUGGCAGCUAAACUGUUGGUGGAUCAAGCUGUUCGAGCCUGGAGAUACAAGUAUCCGUCUGCCAAGAUUGAUGAUUGCGCUGUCAUAUGCUUGUUCUUCAAACGCCCGAGACAUUUGUUAACUAAGUCCAUAUCAGAAGUGACUGAACCGAGCUUGAAUCAUACAGAGGUCGGAGAACAUAGUUAUAAUGGAAAUGCGAUAACUGAUGACGGGCUGGAUACAGUUUUGAACUGUAAAGUGGAAGAAAGCCCGGAAACAGCUCCAAAUGGUGGUGAUCGGUUGGAUUCUGCCACACAUCGGCCUCGAAAAAGAAGAUCAGAAAAGAAAAUUGAGCAGGUUGGAGAAUGGUGAGGGCUCUAGUGAAUUGUUCAAAGUCUGUAAGCAUUUGAAAAAACACGAGAUGAAAAUAGCAUUAGUCUUAGUGGUGAAUGGUGAGAAUAAGCAACUGUUCUUGAAAAAAAAAAGUUUUAUACUUGACACCUUGAUGAUGAAUAUAAAAAGAAAAGAAAAUCCUUCAAAUAGAAAGAAAGAGAGAAAUAUAUGUUGGAUGACAUGAAAUCCGCGCAAUCUAAUGAGUGCCGCAAUUUUAUGUCUCCGAAUAGUUAAAA